CUAUCCGCUGUGUCACAUCCGCAUCCGCUUCCCAAGCAACAACAACACCACAACCCCGUUUUCUGGUGUGCUGCUUUGACAUUCGAAGUAUUUCGCUAGGAAUUUUGAAACCAUGCCUUCUGUACUAGAUCGAUCUCGGCAGAAAUGGUACCAUCGGCGUCCUCUCUUGAGAACAGCAUAUUUCACGGACCUGCAGUACGGCAGUUACAUCGCUGGAAUCUUUUCCAUCGUGGAAAGCAUCUUCAUGAUCACACUGGCAGUCUUUGACGUCUACUGCCUUGCGGAGGCAUCUCCUGGCUCGACACAUUACCGCUACUUUGGGUUCAGCUUCUUAUUCGUGUACAGCGGCAACCAGCAUGUUCGAAACCUGCUCAUUACUGUCUCUGUGAUCUCGUUUGUGAUAAGCGUUGCACUCUUGGUCACUUCUGUCAUGAUGGUCAUGGCUUUGAGAAAGGAGAAAGAGGCCAAGUUUCGCCCCUGGUUGUUCAUUAUGUUCACAUUCACUGCAUGGAGAUUCUUUGCUAUUAUCUUCCGUUCUAUUUGCAAUGACCUGUACUACUCUUACCAUCAGGCUGUCCUCAUCAUCUGGAUUCUUCUGAUUGCUGCAAAUGUAUUUGCUUGGCUUAUCGUGUAUUCUAAUUAUCAAGAGUUGACAGACAUCACAAAGCUUGAGGAUAUGGCAAAACUGAAGCUUGGAACUCUGAGCAGCCUCAAUGCAUCACGGUCUGUGUCUCAUCAUUCCAUUGACUCCAUGAAGAACUCUCACAGCAUGACCCCACACAACAUCAGCUUCCAGUCCACAACCAGUGCCAAGGGCUCACUGUCCACAGCGUCAGCAUAAUAGUAAACUUCUGGCUCUUUUUGCUCCCUUUUUAGCUGAAAUAUGUGCAUAUAUGGUCGCAAUUUACAAGCCAGUAUAGCUAGAUGUGUUGUGGUAUUACCACGGAAAAAAACCUGAAAUGAAUGAACAGUCGUAGAAACAUUGUGUUUUUGUAAGUGGCAGGAAAGUAUGUGGCCUCAAUAUGACAAGUGAACAAUGUUUGCCCUUUUGGCCAAGAAUAUAGUUUCGUCAUAUUUAGCAUAAAGAUGUGCAAGGUAUAAAGUGUGCACUUCAUAACGUGCUAAUACAUGUCCCCCCUAGUGCCUCUUAUCAGCAGCGCAUUUGCCAGUUUAUGACUUUCGAGAUCUGGUGUCAAAUUUUGGAGACACCUGAGGAGAUGCUGCUUUGCUUUGGGGACCACACUGUCAUGUGGCAUGCGAUUUGGUAGGUGCUUUCACAAACGACCCCAUGUAAUCCACUCACUCGACCUUUGGCACCUGCAUUUAAGUCAUUUCAUUACCUUCCUCUUCCUUCGUGGCAGUAGUGAAAUUUCACUAUAUGUUUCUAUUUUUCAAACUUUAUUUAACUUGCAUUCAAAAUUAUGAACUCAUCAAUAAUUCAACAGGGACUAAACACAAUUUGUUAUAUUGAGGUUAAAAAUAUGUAGUGUUUUGCAGACAUGAAGUUACAAAGUUAAAUAUAUCAUUAUAUUGAGGUGAUUUCAUUAUGUUAAUUUACAUUAUGUCUACUUAUUGCUAACCAUAUAAUUUCUUUUUCCUGACCUAUCACCCCUUUUGUGCUGAUAGUUGUCCCUCAGGCUGCAUGUUUUUGUGAAAGUUAGUGAUGCCUCACUUUGAAUAUCUUGCUGAAGUAUGCUGACCAUUUUAUCUUUUAUCUUUAAGGUCUUAAGUGCUAAUGCCUUGUUCUGCACUUGUUACCUCAUUUGUCUGUCCCCUUCAGAAUCUGUGUCUUCCUCUGUAGGCAGCAGGUUCAUCACUUGCAUUGUGGAAGCUAGAUGCACUGAACACCUUAUGUAAUGCAUCUAAGAAUUUUGGUUGUACCGGUUUUCGAAAAAAAAAAAAAAGACACGCUUUGUGUCAGAUGUAGGGCUGCAUCAUCAGUGACAAUCCAAAAUCAAUGCAGUGGCACUCAGUACCAGUGGCAGCACAUAGGUUGAAGGGGCCCCACUGUAACACCAGGAAACUAGUUCUGCAAAUGCAAGCAUUUGAAACAGUGUUUAGAUUGCUUGUUAUGUCAGCGCCAUCGUGCAGUGUUGCCACCGGUUUUACCUCGAGUAGCAUGUUGCAACUCGUAUCGAGCACGACUGCACAUUUUAAGGCCUACCAGAUGACACAGCAACACAGGAUGAAAGUGAGGUUGUGUAACUGCAAUGUGAUGCUUAACCUGAAUAUAUGUUUAACACGAUCACUGCAUUGUGGCUCACCAGUGGGUCACGGCCUGUGCUGCUCUUGCACAGCCGCGAUGUUACGAGCAUGCAUCUGCUUGCUGAUGCGAUAACUUCAUCACACUUGAACGCAGAGGUACAAUUCUUGUUGCAAGAAGAAUGCUUUUCUGGUCUUAGAUGGCAUGACCCACCAGUGACCCACGAGACAUUCAAUAAAAACGUUGUCAUGUUGCGUGCAGUGUGACCCACUGGUGGCCCACGCUCGAGAACUCUCCGUCAUGGGCUGCAGUCUAUGGUUUGAAAAUGCAACCAAUAUAUAUAUCUUUAUUGCAUGGUAUGGCACUGUUGUUUCUAAGGAGGGAAGUGGCGGGCUAUUUCUCUGUUGUGUUGCUCGCCACCAUUUUGCUGCGGAUUUUGAAAUACGCUCACUCGAAUAUGUACGUGCAUUCUUCCUGCUGCUCCCAAACAUUUUUGCGUGAUUAAUUGAUCAUGAUGCCUUUACGCAAAACAGAGGAAACAAACGUCUGUUUGUGUUUUCUGGUGCCAGCCACUUUAUAUUUCAGCAUAGGUUUACACGAAAAAGGUGAACAAUAGCUCUGUAUCUUUCAAAUAAACAAGUUAAAUGCUGUCCGUGAAGGUAGCAGUGCCAUCUCUUUGGAGCGAGUGAAUCAUGCACAGGCGCUUGACCCACUGGUGGAUCACGGUGCACCUGGAAGAUAUGCCGAAUGGCCCAGUAGUGGGUCACUCCGCACGUAAAACAGGACCUCAAAAAAACGUGCCGCAGUGAACGUGUUAAGAAAUAAACUAGGCUUUUUAUCUGAACAAAGUGGAGAAAUGGAUUUUAACUAUAUAGAGGGGCUGAUGUGAGUACAUACUCUUGCAUUCUGAUCAAGUAGGUAGGUACUUUUUUUGAUAAUCGUAACAUACGGGUCAACAAUAUAAAAACUUACUCUAAAAAGUGUUGAGCUGCCAUAAUUAUGUUGGAACUGUGGAAGCCAUAAUAAAUUGAUUUAAACGACUUUUCACUAUCAACAUAACUAUGUUGGGGCACAUUUGGUAUGGAAACUUUAAAGGAAAGCUCAUGCACUUAAAAAAAAAAAAAAGACGUUGGAGCGUGUAAGGACAGUUUGAUCCCUACUGAAUUCGAAAAGCGAUGUGGGAGUUCUCAAAAGUGAAUGCAAAUAGCACUUUUUGGCAAAAAACAGAGGCUGUGGCCGCAGGGCUUCUUGAGAUGCUGAGCGGACGCGGUGACGUCAUCCUCGGUGUGCUGCGUUAUCUGCAACGCCAGCACUGCUGAAGCGUGGCCUCCUUAAUUAGCUCCGGCAACGGCACGUCAUGAGUUAAUCACAGGGAGAUACGAGAGACGCUUGUUCACAUAGCGCUCGGCUGUUUGUCAUUAUUCCAGAUAUCGUAAUCCAGCUUAACUGUGCUUACUUACUUACUUGAGCCUUCGUUACAUAAACAGCGCUCUCGCAGUUCGGAUCAAUGAGCGGCGGGAACCUUCCAUCGGAGUGCAGCACGGCUCCACCAAAGGAACCGAAGAUGACAUAGGUUUCCACGCCCACAUUGUUGGCGCGCUCGCAUGGGCGGAGCAAGACAAACUUUUCUUUCGCAUAUUCUAAAGCUCCUGUUGCAAAAACCGCAGGAAAAAUUACGACAUCGUCGACAAUAAUGUCGUUCCUUGGUAACCACGAAGUUUUGUCGAAAUCUAAAACCUCUUGAGCUUCCCAUUAGAUUUAUCAUUGAGAUGGUGCAGAUUAUAGAAAGCUGUAUCUGUCCAACCUCCGAGUACAAUUGGCUGUGCAAAAUAUUGUUUUAGUUUUUCAGAGAUUUCUAUAUAUUAUCUAAACAAGUCUUUAUAUAAAUUGCUUGUAAAAACUGUGUAUACCUGCUAGCUUGCAUAUACAGUGGAAACCAGGUAUAUUGAAUAUGGAUAUAUGAAAUGCUUCAUAUCAUAAAAUCAUAGGCAUGCAUAAGGCUCUCCAUUUGGAGGAGCCAGGUAUCGCUACAGCUGCUCCCCUUUCCUUUGAUCGAGUCUGGAAGGAAGCAAACUUCACAAUGGAUGUGAAAAUGAAGCAAUGACGUGCUGCUCACACCAGCCUGUUUUUGGUGCCAGGCUUUCCGGGGUAAUGUUUACGGAGUAGACACUUCUUGGAAUGCACCAUCAUUUGUCCUUGGCUGCUGUUAUCGUCGUUAACGUGCAUGGCCAUAAUCAUGCACAUCAAACAAUGACGGGACAGGUCCGACUGAGUCAAGGUGUGGGGCAGACCUUGUGCCCCCCCCCCCCCCACUUUGCACACACCUGUGCAUACACUUGUAACAUCCUCUUGGAAAUCGCAUGCAAAGUAUAGCACUGUACUAUGUGUUUAGUGGAUUCCCAUACACAUUCACAUCUGAUAUAUCUAACGCUGCACUACGCCUCCCCGAGUACACUUCUGACUCGAAUGCACAAUCAUUUCUUGCAUGAUCUGGGAUAUUCACACUAUCAGACUGCACUGUUUUGACAAAUGCUGUCAAACAGAGCAUUGAAUCGGCACAAGCUGUGGAGGAAAGAUCACCCUUCUCAAAAUGUGGAUGUCUCACAUAGUAGGGAUUUGAUUUGCACUCCAUGAUGAUGGAAUGUAAAUGAUAAUGGUUAUGCUUUUGUUCUGUCUUCUCAUACUCUUUGUUUAGUUACGCACUUGUAUUUUCCAAGUAACAUAAAUCACCGGCUUGCCCUAUCAGCCAUUCUGCCAUAAUUAUGGAUUGGGUUUAAUAAGCUUCAUCGUCAUGCAGUGAAGCAUGCUGCCGGUGCCUGUUUCAAGGAAAAUGGACUGCUACACUGCAAGAGUGGAUAGGGCGUCCUGGUCUGACCGAGGCAUUCCAAAGGCAGGAAUGGAGGAAAAGUAAAUAACAAAUGCUGUUCUUAUGCCUUCGACACGACAAUGAGGAACAAACCUCUAAAUUUCUGUUUUUCACGAUCUCAAGAGACUGUCCUGUGACAUGUGCAGUUUUCAGAUUAGCUUCAGCUAUACAUAUUAAUUAUUUUUAAUCAUUGACAUCUUGAAGUAUUCCACGGUCCCCUUUGAGUUCAGUAUAGUCUAGUUUCACUAUAUACAUGCCUGUGUGUAUAUUAUCGCUUUCCUUUAUGCUGUAAAAGCUCGUUAAUUUGAACUCGAAGGGGACUAUAAAAUUGUUCGUAUUAAACGGAGUUUGACCUAGCGGGCGCACGCUAGAAUGAACGGACAUCGCACCACAUUGCGCGGGCAGGACCCAAAGAAGCCACCUCCGUACUUGUUAUCGCAAACUAGGCGCUACUACACACGUUUGUGGCAGGUGAUUUCAUCAAUUAAGUUCAUGGAGCUCUAGGAGCGAACAGAAUUAAUCGAUCAGUCGGUGAUACACCAGAAACAAGCGCCAACAUGCAUUCAUGUGAGCAGUGAGCCUUAAUGUGAAAUAGAUGACGUUAUUUAUUCUCCAAAACGUGUUUAUCAAAAUUAAAAAUAAUCAGUAGUUUGCAUUUGCUUGCGUUUCUUCAGUCGCGACUCCAUGAGCAUCAUAUACAGCUUGCCUAAGAGCUCCAGCGCAGCAUCCGAAUUCUCAUCUGCUGAGAAAUGGUGCUGUUUUGUUGUUUUGCGUCUCUAGUAAAUUUGGUUUGGUUUGUUUUUGCAGCAAAUUAUGAUCACUUUGGGUCGACUUCUGUGAGGAACAAUGAAAACCAGGCACUCCCAGUUUGAAUUAACCGUUGGGGAUACAGACGCAUUCGAAUUAUCGGGAGUUUCCCCCCGUAGAAAUAUACAGGGCUGUGCCGGGACCAGGGCAUCAGUUCGAAUUAACAGAGUUUGAAUUAAUGAGCUUUUACUGUAUAGCAUUUAGUUGCUUCGCUCGCACUGGCAUGCACUUUUGCAUAUUUGUGUUCUUAAGGUAGCACCCACCCAUGGAGUAGAACUCUUUGGUGCUUCUUCAAAAGUUACAGACCUGCUGUAAUAUACUACCAUUAUUCUUUGGAGCUUGUGCACUGCAGGCAAAUCAAAUAACUAGGAAUGUCAAGGAUCUGAUUGCAUUUUCAUCAUUUGAGCAUUUUACGUGCAUCAGUUAUAUAUUCACAAAAGCUCAUUUCUUUAUUUUAUAUAUUUCACGUUCUGGCGUCGUCUUUUUUUUUGUGUCAUGUUUUGUGCAGUUGGCAGCAAUGAAUUGUUCAACAUAAGUAAGUACUUGAACAUUGUAAGGCAUGUAUAGGUACUGCUUUGCUUGUCGUAUACAUGGAAAUAUAUUGUUAUCAUGUGGCUUGAGGUUGCACAGCAAGGUACCAUUGUUUCUGUAUGGCUGCAUUGUCGGCAUUAUUUUACUUGACGUUCACAUUUUAUUUCUGCAAACUGCUUUGCUUUGUGAACAGUGACUGACACUGACAAUGCAUGGCACAUCUGUAGAAACUGUGCUUGGGGAUUAUCAGUGAUGUUUCUAUCAUUAUGCAUGCACCUAUCUAAAAAAUUCAAAUUAUCAGUGUCUUUCCUCUUUUGUUUACAUUUGUCAGUUGGAUGCAUUGUUAUGUUUCAGACAGCUGCAAUAUGCAUGUUGUUUACCUUUUCUGGUUUUUCUUGCAGCAAUACUGCUGCAUCCCACUAAAGACCAUGUAAUUUCAUUUUUUCUUUUUCUCGCUCCUCUUUACUUACUAUAGUCUAUGCUUGCUAUUCUCCACUCCUCUCUGACUUGGCAUUCCAGCUGUGUUCACUCAUAAUGCAAGCAUAGAACAAUCUCAGUGAUGCUCUCCCCAUAAUUAUUUUUCUGCUGAUGUCACCUCUAGAUCUUGGUAAAGAGCACCCAUCUGAGGCUACGGCAACAUGUAGUGGGAUGAUUUUCCAUGACCAACUGGUGCAAACACUUAUCAGUGAUGACAUUUCUCCUGUUCUGUUUUCUUUUGCUGGAAAGAAAAGAAAUGGUGUUUAAGAGAACUGGUUCAGUAGCCAUUGUGUUUGAUGUUGUGCAAGAGUAAUUAAAAAAAAAAUGAAAGGGAUUGACAGAGCACGCAGGCAGCUGUUCAAAUGAAAUUGUAGACUCCAAGAUAAAUUUACGGGAAUAAUAUAUAGCUCAAAUGUUCAUGACUGAGUAAUUAAUGACUGUAGCACCUAGUGUUGUGGAAGUUCAUUUACUAUGUUCAAAACCCAUUGCCAGGUCCCAUAAAUUUUGUGACAUUCUACACCAUGUUGACAACUUUUUGAUGUGGCUUAUAUUCUUGAUUUGUUGAAUUGUUUUUAUCCAUUUUAAGUGCCUCUGUGAAUAUCAAGUAUGAAAUUUUUUUUUUACUUUUCCAAGAAUUGUGAUUUUUUAGUAUGGAGGUGUUCAAGUAAGUUUGUUGAAAACUGAUCUUAUGUUAAACCACAUCGUAGUGUUGUUUGUGACACAGUUUUUUACUUUCUUGCUGAGUGUAAUAUCGUAGUCACUGGACUUAACGUAAACUGAACAGUAAACAGUAAGAACAUUUCCUUGUACAUCUUUCGAUCACUGCUUUUGUGUAAGCAAUUAUGUACAAAGCAUGUGCCGAUAUUUGUCACUUGAAACAAGCAAGAAUGACCACCUUGUGCAGCCUUAUUUACAGUUUACAUGGCAUACUUGUUAACUGCUUCAGCCUGUAUUCCGUCCAUUUUUACUGUUUACAGUUGAGGACCAAAAUCCUUGUAAAGAGCACUGUUGCUUUGAUUGUUAAGCGUAAACAGCAUAAAGAAAUGUAUUUUUACAUGUUUACCCAGUUUGUGAAUAAACAUAUAU